AUGACCCCUGCUGGCCGCUCCAGCGCCGAUUCCUCCGAGGAAGUAGCUAUCUUGAGGGACGAGAGAGUCCACGAAGACGACGGCAAAUACAACUUCGACUUCGAAUCCGAAAAUGGCAUCAGGUUCUCCGAGGCUGGAUCUCCCGACGGAGAUGAGGACGCCAUCGUCAGUGCUGGACAAUACUCCUACACUGCUCCCGACGGUACCGAAGCGUGUUGGAAAUACGUCGCCAACGAGAACGGCUUCCAGCCCCAGUCCGACAUUCUGCCAGUAGCCCCCGAAUUCCCCCACCCAAUUCCCCAGUUCGUGCUGGACCAGAUCGCCUUCGCUGCUGAGGAAGACGCCCGCCCGUGCCCGUGGUGACUCUCGUGAGGUUCCUUCCAGGUCCUACGGCGCCCCUCAGUAAUCUCCUUUGAUCUCUGACCCUUCGAAACUGUGAUCACAAAUUGCUCAUGUAUUUAUUCUAUUUAUAAAUGAAAUAGAAUCUACUAUAAAA